AUGCCGGAUCAGACGUCGAACAUCGAUGUGGCUGUCAAGGCAGAGACCACGACCUGGUCAAGCCAGAUAGCGCUUGCUGUUGCAGAGACUGUACAGAAUGGCACUCAGCGCGACAGCUGGUGGCGAAGUGAGGCGUGUUUUCUCGUAGCCUCCCACGUGCUCCUGUUUGCUUCAGCCAAUUGGUUCUUUGCAAAGCUUCUGUACCGAGACUACGAGGUCAAGCAGCGAUACAUCCAGCUUCUUUUUGCCGCAACCUUUGCGGCAUCUUCCUCUAUGUUUGAGCUGAUGUUGGCCACGGUGGCUGGAUUUCUGGAUCCGGAUGUCCGCGCUGUGGCUUGGAAG